AAAUUAUUGUGAACUGUUUUGCAUAUAUUCCAAGAUGCGAUUAUCCUUCCCUAUCUCUUGUCUCAAAGACUUUCAAUCGUUUAAUCACUUCGAUCGAGCUGAACAUUGUACGUUCACUCUUUCAACGGACCGAAAACGUUCUCUAUGUUGCCUUGAGAUUCAGCCAUGAAGAAGACCCUAUUUGGUAUACUCUCAAUCAAAAACCUUACAAAAAUAAAUCUAACUCUUGUAUCCAUAAAUUGGUUCCAUUGCCUUCAUGCCCGUCUUUGCCUUGUUGGGGAUCUUCUGUUAUUGCAAUUAGGCCACAAGAUCUAUGUUUUUGGUGGAUGUAUCAAUGGCGAUAUGACUUCUAAUGUGUUUGUUAUCGAUUGCCUACAUGGAACAUUUCAAUUUCUUCCUAGUAUGCGUGUGCCACGUGGCUGUGCGGCGUUUGGUAUCGUAGAUGGGAAGAUUUAUGUAAUUGGAGGGUAUAAUAAGGCAGAUUCGUUGGAUAAUUGGGUUGAGGUUUUUGACCUCGAGAAGCAAACUUGGGAGUCUUUUUCAGGAUUGUGUAAUGAAGAGUUGUCCAAGAUAACGCUCAAGAGUGUUGUGAUGAACAAGAAGAUUUACAUAAUGGAUCGUGGAAAUGGCAUUGUUUUCGAUCCUAAGAAAGGUGUAUGGGAGAGGGACUUCUUAUUGGAUAGAGAUUGGGUAGUUGGUUCGUGCGUUAUUGACAACAUGUUGUAUACUUUUGGUUUUGACAGUGUAAAACGUAUUUAUCGAGUACGUGUCUAUGAUCCAAGUGUUAGGGUGUGGAGUUUCGUGAAAGGUAUUGAAGAUAUACCAAAAAUGGAUGGAACUCUUGGGUCUAGAAUGGCAAAUCAUGGCGGAAAGCUCGUAAUUUUGCUCAACCUUGAUAAAAAUGGAGGAACAGAGCUUUGGUGUAUAAAAAUUGCACUGGAAAGGCGAGGACAACAAGGAGAGAUUUGGGGAAAGAUUUUGUGGUAUAAUCUUGUGCUAACUUUGGAAAAUUCAUCAACAAUUGUUGAAUGUUUCGAUAUAACGAUUUGA